ACGUGUGAUUAUUGUCUAAUUUUAACAAUAUUUACAACGAAUUUUUCAUAUUGAUAGGCGGAAUGAUAAUACCUAAAACAGCUGUCUACUCUUGGGGAGUUAUUUGUUGCCUAACGUACGUGUCGUCACUUUUAACGAGUUUAUGACAGCUGUCCUCGCCACCGGCACCAGGCAGCAGUGGCACUCAGCGCUAGCUAGCCGUAGCUGCUAACGUUGAGCUUUCUUCAGCCGGUUCAGUAAUCAACAAGCGUUAUUAUGGUAGCUAUAAUCUUUGUCUAUUCGAAGACGUCACUUUAUUGGUUUCAAGACAGCCAUUUUACCUUGGCGCGCGGCUGACAGUUUGACAACAUUGCUGACAACUAGAGUUAGUCGGCAUUAACAGUAUAGUCGUUAUCUCUCAGACAGUUGAAUUCCCCCCUCUUUCCCUCCCAUCAUGGCUGCAGACUCGAUGGAGAUUGACGACUCUCUUUACAGCCGCCAGCGAUAUGUGCUGGGAGACAGUGCUAUGCACCAGAUGGCCCAGUCCUCAGUCUUUCUCAGUGGAAUGGGAGGACUGGGAAUUGAGAUAGCAAAGAAUAUUGUCCUGGCUGGUGUGAAGGCAGUCACCCUUCAUGACACAAAGCAAUGUGAAACCUGGGAUCUGGGCUCCAACUUCUUUAUCCGCAAAGAGGAUGUGUUGAGCCAGAGGAGGAGGGUGGAGGCAGUGUGCCCUCGGGUCGCAGAGUUGAACCCUUAUGUCCACGUUGACAUGUCUUCCACUGCUCUGGACAAAAACACUGAUCUCAGCUUUCUCAGAAAGUAUCAGUGUGUGAUUCUGACUGAGGCCAGAUUGAGCCUACAAAAGAGAGUCAAUGAGUUCUGCCACUCACAACAACCCCCUAUCAGAUUCAUUGGCUGUGAUGCAUAUGGUAUCUGUGUGCGGGUGUUUUGUGAUUUUGGAGAGGAGUUUGAGGUGUCGGAUCCCACAGGAGAGGAGCCCAAGGAGAUUUUCAUCCAAACUAUCACUCAGGAAAAUCCUGGGGUGGUGACCUGCAUGGACAACCAACCGCAUGGCCUACAGACAGGCCAGAGUGUUGUCUUCAGAGAGGUCAAUGGCAUGGUGGAACUCAACAGCACCGUGCGACAGGUUUCAGUCCUUUCCUCUCACAGUUUUGCAAUAGGAGACACAUCCCAACUACAACCAUAUGCACAUGGAGGGUUCUUUGUCCUGUUGAAAACCCCUAAGACAUACAGAUUUGAGACAAUCGAGAGACAGUUGUGUGAUCCUCAGGUCCUGACUCCAGACUUCAGUAAACCAGAGGCCCCACUACAGAUCCAUGCAGCCAUGUUGGCUCUGGACGACUUCCAGGAGCAGCACAGUAGACUUCCCAACAUUUGGUGUUUACAGGAUGCUGAGGUUUUACUGAAGCUAACCGAGGAAGUGAAUGCAACUCUCAGGAACAAAGCGUCUGUGAAUACUGACUUGGUGCGCUGUCUGUCGAGAACAGCAAGGGGAACUCUUCCUCCGUUAGCUGCAGCUGUAGGAGGGCUAGCCAGCCAGGAAGUUCUUAAGGCCAUCACAGGAAAGUUUGCGCCACUGCAGCAAUGGUUUUAUCUUGAUGCCAUCGAGAUAGUCAGGCCACUUCAGUCUGUUUCUGCUGAGGAGUUUUUCCCAAGGGGUGAUCGGUAUGAUGGAUUACGAGCUUGCAUUGGUGAAUCAAUGUGUCUAGAAUUGCACAAGCUCAGGGUCUUCAUGGUGGGCUGUGGCGCCAUAGGCUGUGAGAUGCUGAAAAACUUUGCCCUGCUUGGAGUAGGAUUGGCCAAAAGCUCAGGAGAGGUAUGCAUCACAGACCCAGACCUUAUAGAAAAGUCCAACCUCAAUCGUCAGUUUCUCUUUAGACCACAUCAUAUACAGAAACCAAAGAGUACCACAGCAGCAGAAGCCACUCGUGAUAUCAACCCAGACCUGCAGGUGGAUGCUCACCUCAACAAGGUGUGUCCGGCUACUGAGAGCAUCUACAAUGACUCCUUCUACUCCCGCCUAAACCUAGUGGUCACCGCGCUGGACAACGUGGAGGCUCGGAGAUAUGUGGACAGCCGCUGUGUAUCCAAUCAGAGACCUCUCCUGGACUCUGGCACCAUGGGAACUAAAGGACACACAGAAAUCAUUGUGCCAAAUUUGACAGAGUCCUACAAUAGCCAUAGGGACCCCCCAGAAGAGGAGAUCCCAUUCUGCACUCUCAAGUCUUUCCCUUCUGUCAUAGAGCACACCAUUCAAUGGGCAAGAGACAAGUUUGAGAAUGCGUUCGUCCACAAGCCCUCCAUGUACAACUCGUUCUGGCAGACCCACUCCUCAGCUGAAGUGGUGCUACAGAGGAUGCAGAUGGGAGAAAGUCUGGAGGGGUCAUUCCAGGUCAUUAAGCUACUGAGCAGACGGCCUAGCCAGUGGGAACAGUGCAUCACUAUUGCCCGUCUGAAAUUCGAAAAGUAUUUCAAGAGAAAGGCCCUACAACUGUUGCACUCUUUCCCUCUGGACACAAGGUUAAAAGAUGGAAGUUUGUUUUGGCAGUCCCCAAAAAGACCUCCAGCACCUUUUGAUUUUGACUUGAAAGACUCUUUGCACUUCACUUUCAUUGUCAGCACUGCCCGGCUCUUCGCAGGGAUUUAUAACAUCCCUUACUCAGAAAAGGAUCUCUCUGAAGAGGCGGUGACCAGGAUUCUUUCAGAUGUCAAGAUUCCUGAGUACAGGCCUGCAGAGAAAUGUAUAGAGACAGAUGAGACAGCAAAGAAGCCUGAUCAAAUAAAGAUGCCUCUAAGCAGUGAAGAGGAGAGGGAGGCCAUCACACAGCUGGAGCAGGCCAUUGCUACUGACAGUGUCACAGCAGAGAGGUUACAGAUGAGUCCACUGCAGUUUGAAAAGGACGAUGACAGCAAUGGCCAUAUAGACUUUGUCGCAUCAGCAUCUGCUCUCAGAGCCAGGAUGUACUCCAUCGAGCCAGCUGACAGACUCAAGACAAAGCGCAUAGCCGGCAAGAUCAUCCCUGCUAUCGCCACGGCAACAGCUGCUGUGGCUGGACUGGUGGCCCUCGAGUUGAUCAAAGUGGUUGGAGUCUAUGGGUUUGAAUCUUUCAAAAACUGCUUCUUUAACUUGGCCAUCCCUGUAGUGGUGCUCACUGAGCCUGCCCCAGUUAAAAGGACACUCAUCAGGGACAACAUCUACUUCUCUAUCUGGGACUGUUGGACUAUCUUUGGUAAUGAGGACUUCACUCUCUCUGACUUCAUAAAUGCAGUGAGGGAAAAGUAUGGAAUUGAACCCACUAUGGUCGUCCAUGGUGUGAAGAUGCUUUAUGUGCCUGUGAUGCCUGGACACUCAAAGAGACUCAAACUAACGAUGCAGAAGCUGAUCAAGCCAUCAGUGGACCGCCGCUACGUUGACCUCACUGUGUCAUUCGCUCCGGAAGCAGACGGAGACGAUGACCUCCCUGGUCCUCCGGUCAGGUACUACUUCAGCUGCAAUGGAGAAGACGCCCUCACACCUUCCUAGAUGUCCUCCUCAAACCCUGUCCUUACUUACUUCCACUCUUUCAUGUAAAUUGUUGUACCGCACUAACCUGGGCCAGGGCCAGGGCCAAGAGCUUUCUCUCAGGAUGUUAUCUGACAAGGGCAAAGCUCCUGGCCCCAGCUCAAGCCCCACAGUACUUCGUGGAGCAAGAAUAGGCCAGUCCUGGUCCCAGUUUUUCUUGCCCCACAUGGAACACAAGGCUGCUUAAGUAGCACUCAAUUGUACCUGUGUACAUAUAUUUUCUCUGUUCUGUUUUCUACUCUGGUGAAAUGCACAGCUCCACCUGUGUCGAUGCCUUAAUUGAUUAAUAAAAUGUUUCUGUUUGUGGCAGUGAGUCUGACUAAAAACGAUGUUUACAGAAACCUGCACACUCCCAACACACAGCCCCAUUAGUCUAAUUUCUGUUUUAAGUCUGCUAGGCCCUAAAGGGGGUGGUGGUAGGACUGUUGGGGCCGUGAAGCGGAUUUGUAGUUGGUAGGCAUCACAUCAUCUUCUUCCUCAGAGUCCUCUCAUUGGCUUUGAAAUUAUUGCCAACCACAGAAUUUGCCAGCUGUUGGUCAUCUCCCCUUGUAGAAACAGGUCAAGCCGAUAUUUGUUGUAUAAUUAAGAGGUGCAAAAAGUCAGUGGACAACGGUGAAACCACCAAAGAUACAGAUUAUUGUGUCUGCAGAUGAUUGUUCUCUUUUAUGAUCACUUCAAUUGCAUCACAAAAACACAUUAAUAUCACGGGGAAUGGGUAUUACCCAAGCAUUAAAGUGCAACACACACUGGCAGCGUCUUGAUGUGCUCCAUCACAGGUUGAUGCAUGUUAAGUCUUUGAGAUAUAUCAGUCCUACUGAUGAGCAUUAACGCCUCAGAUAAGCAGCAAUUUUAUCACAUUGCUCCCCAGUCAAUUGAUGUGCAUCAAAUGAUGCAGCAGAUGUGUGUUGCACUUAAAAACUAUGGGCAAAACCACCUACUCAUUGUAGCUGCUAAUCAUACCUAUCUUGUUAAAUACUUAGGUAAUGACAGCAUUCAUAUCAGUUAACAUAUUUGGGUAAACUAUGUUCUUCAUUAAGUAAUGGCAUGAGUUCAUUGGCUGUUUCACACACCUUUUUUUUCGACAGAUAUGAAACAUCUAUACCAACAUCUGGGAUCACACUCCUGUUCUAAAACACUCUUUAAAGUCUUUGCAUUUCAUGAUUUAUUUGUUGUAUUUGUCUAUGGAUGUGUCCAUGACAUGUAUUUAUUUACUUGUUACACAUUUGUGUGUCAAAUUGAGCCUAUGUUGAUGAGCUCUAUUGAGUCAUUGUGCAUUGGUUAAUUGUGAAUCAACAAUGAACAAAAGUCAUCCUAGGGGUAUAAAUCGCCUUUCUAUUUAGCUCCAGCUGAAGGUUGUGAAAAGGGGCUUUGAAAUAGUCUGCAUUGGCAGUGUAGUUUUGAAUGGAAUCAAUUAAAAAUCAAAUUUUUUGUAUUGAGGUUAUUGAGAUCCACUAGACACCUACAGUCUGCUAACAGGUUAUCAUCUGUCUUCAAAACAGUUUGGACUAAAAUCACACAAAAUGCUUCCUGGGUCACAUUUAUUUUUCUCCCCAUAACCAGGGGUGGUGAAUUUCACUUUGCACAGAAAAUGUCUAUCAUAUUGACAACACUUCUUGUGCAGUGAAUGUCAUAAGUGUAAAACCAAACAAUGUUAACGAGUGACGAUGAUAAUGAUGUAUGUUCUUGUGACAGACAACCAAUCAACCAAUGGUCCAAUAAAAUGUGAGAUUUCAGGAUGUCCUAAAAACUAAA